AUGACGUUUCAUCGAGAUUUGGAUUUCUCAGGACUUCAAAUUCAUAACCAAUACCCAAAAAAACAUAAAUUCCCACUAUUAAAGCUUCCUAACGUAGUUCUUCUUGAAUGUAUCGGCAAUUUGGAUGUUUUGGAAGUAGAAAUCGAUGAUGAGAGUACAUACACGCUAAAAGAGGAUGAAGAAUAUGUCAAUCUAAUCAGAAGUGAUGGGAUGAUUGGAUCUGUAUUCUACGGCUACGCAGGGAAUGAAGGCGAGAAGAACCUUAUAGAAUUUAUGUUACAAGUCUGGCGUAGACAAACUUAG